UUUUCAGAUUACAUAAAUCCUGCAGCAAUACAAACUAUGGCUGGGCGGAGGGUAGAUUGAUGGCGCGGUGACGCGAUGUGCCGCGCGCACAUCGCCGCUGUCUUGCGGCUACUGGUUUUGGCUGGUGGAGCAUUCUUCGUAAAUCCUUACACAAGCGAAGAACGCGUUGACCUCAACCAAGUAUGGGUCGAGAUACCCACGACCCUGGUCGCUUUGGGCGGGGACGUCCACAUCUACGUCCGUGGCGCGACCGCUGGCAGCUUGCGUGUGCGCCUCGCCCGAGAUGACGACGACGGACGCACCCUCCUAGCAACCAUGCCUUUAGCUCUAGACGCGGAAAGCCGACUCACCCUACCCUGCGGCUACUUCUCUAGAGGAGGCAUUUACUACCUAGAAAUAGUCGCUGACAAAGAAACCUUCCUCGACUUUGAAAAUACCACCAUCAAUACCGUUAAAGUUAAGAGAGAAGUGUCCGAUGGUGGAAUUAUGGAAACGGGGGACAGUGUGGUGAAAUCUUGGAAGUUUGAUGUCAUGUGGCCGACGGCUAGUUUGGAUGUCACUCCAGAACAAAUUCAGACGUAUCCGGAGAGGCAAGUGACUGCAAUUCUGGAGUUCCCGAAGGUGGUGUGUACUCCAGUGCAGACGAGUGCAGAUUUUUGGUUGGAACUUCUAUACUGUGGCCAUUCGAGCGGUGGUGCUGUGUUGUGCGAUGGUAAAAACAUCAGCUCGCACGCUCAUGUACUCUAUUCAGAACAGAUGUACGGCUUCCCUGGUCGUAGAACCAUGACACUACGCUGUGAACACUUCGGUCAGGCGGGAGACUAUGCUUUAACAUUACGACCAGCAGCCGCAGCUGGUCCUCAAGACUUAGCUAUGGCUUUUGUUAAGGCGGAUUGGUCAGACCAAUUCGUGCUCAACGUCCAUGGUGGCUCCGUGUUCCCAUGCGGGGAUGGCGUGCGAGUCCUCUUUCAGUACCCCGAGUGCGUGCUGGACGGCGCGGAUCGGGUGCGCGUGUUCGGCCGCGACGCCGAGCGGCUGAGAUACGUGGCUGAGCGGCGGGUGCGACGUGGUCAGCACACAGCAACAUUCGACUGCCGUCUCUUCAGCGAGCGAUACCCGGAGUAUUGUUUCGUGUACGUGUCGCAGGCUGUCACGGGCGCGGUCGCGGACGUACGGAUGGACUGUCUGCCUACGCUGCCUUUAUCAGACGGCGGUGCCGGGGGUUGGGGCGAAUGGUCACCCUGGUCAGCAUGCCCCGCGCCCGCGCACUGUUCCACGCGCACGCGCAGCCGGCAUCGCUUCUGCGACUCCCCUCCACCCGCGUAUGGAGCUAAGUACUGUGAGGGCCAAGCAGUAGAGUUAGCAGCAUGCGAGUGUUCUGCCAGACCGUGGGCGGGAGACUCCUCAAUGGUGGUAGCUGAAAUCGGUGCGAGAUGUCGCUGUGGUUGUGUUCUGCAUCUAGCUCCCAUCGCCAGACUACUUGCGGGGUCUGCUAGAGUCUGCCCUGCUAGAUCAUUCUGGCUUUUGCAGGCUGAAGAAGGACUGAUAGUGCGCGUGCGUUUCGAAGCAGUGCGCUUGCCCUGUGCGGGGCAGUCCCUUCGGGCACGUAACGGUGACUCUUUAGGGUCCCCACUGCUAGCUUCUUGGGACGGACCUGAUAGUGCUGCUGUGUCAGAAGACGUAGAAACGACGACAGAUAGCAGUGGUAUGGUGGAGAUAGCUGGAGGCAGACAUAUACUCAUUGAGCUGCGGUCGGCUGACACCAGCGAGCGGUGCACGGGAGGGUUCCUGGCGCAUGCUACACAGAUAGAGCCCAUCCGCAACGCGUCCGCAGCGUGGGCGUCGGUGGGCACGGGCGCGUGGUGGCGCGGCGGCGGCGGCGCGCGGGGGGCGGCCGCCGCGCUCGCCGCGCUGGCCGCUGCGGCCGCAGUGCUGCUGGCUGUGCACAGCGCGCACCGCACCAGGGCCUACCAGCGGGCUGCGGACAAGGAGUCGCUCACUGACAGCGACGCAUGUUCAGCAUCACUAGAGCUAGGAGCGACAUCAGGAUCCCGGAGCACGUUGCUCAGUGAGGUGGUGGGGGGAGUGUCUCUGCGACGACUGCUACCAGCUAGAACUAGACACACGAGGUUAAGGGACGCGGAUAGAGGCUCGGAAAUUGUGGAUCAAAGAGAUGAAGACGAUAUAUCCGACGCGGAAGACGCAGCGAGUAUCGCCAGCGCGUGCAGUGCGGGGAGCCACGCGUCACAGGCCACAGUGACGCCUGAGAACGUGUCGUCCAGCAGUGCGCCCCUCACCAGUGGGGCUAAAGCGUCGCCUCUGCGCCGGUCCCAUACUGUGUCCACGCAUGUUUCUGCUCAGGUGACGUCACCACAACAAGCCUCUACGAGCGAAGCUAUUACCGCAGAAAUCAGCACAAGCGUGACCAGUGUGAGCGAGCGGGACAGCUGCAGCGAGAAGGACCGAGACAGUGUGUGGGACAAGGACAGAGAGAGUGUUGUGUCUUCUACUUCAGCUGCUACGCUUACAAACGGUUGGUACUCCCCCGCCUUAAGUGGGGUGUCCUCCGCCCGAGUGAGGGACAACGCCAAACGCACCAAAGAAACGUCGAACCGGCGGCUACUGCGGUCCGACCUGAGCCUCACUUCACACCCCGAGAUGGAGAUCGACUACUACGACUAUGAAGUCAAUAAUGCGGGUUCUGUUCCUGGCUCGUAUCUAGGAAUGGAUCCCGCUUUUUUAGUCUGGAUACCCCCUCUUGAGGAGGGGGACAUCAUGAGAGAGGUUGAUGACAACAAAGCUCCUAUUUAUGAGGAAAUCGUUCCAAAGGAACUGCGACCAGACCCGGGCAGCAACACAGAGUCACCUGAAGACAGACCAACAGCCACCCUCAAACGAAACCCAACCAACAGAUCGAACGAAUCCAUAAAAUCCAUGCGAAAAGUCAUAGACAGGAGCAGCGUCAUCCACCCAUUGAACUUCAGCAUUAGCGACUUGCAAAACUCGCCCAAACUACCCAGGAAAAACAAGAGGAAGAAAGGCGAUAAUCCCGUGAACAUACCCAUGAAGGAACUAACUCUAAUGUCUCCUGUUAAAGUUCAUAAAAAAUCCGACGACUCGACCCUAAAAAGAGUAAUGGAGGGCAGAGAAAAGGACUCCACGUUGAAACGAAGCGAUUUCAAUGAUAUCCGAUUUGCAGACGAUUCGUCUAAUGAGAUAAAAUUCGCGGAUGACUCGCCAGAUAGUAAUCGAUUAGUUGAUAGAUUCGAUGUUAAAGUGUAAAUGUUGAGUUUAGG